GCACUGAAGCAAGGCUACAGCCCAGAGGAAACCAGUUCCCGGUGGCUGUAGGGUGGCUCAGACAGUUCCCUGCCUCACCCGCCAUGGUCUUCCCUCUGCCCUGGCUCUCCGGACAUUGCUGCCGCCUCCUCCUCCUGCCAUCCUGGCCCUCUGCACUCCAGGGCUCCUGGAGGCGCUGCUCCCAAGAUCCCAAGGCAAGUACAGAAGAGACCAGCUCUACAGGCAGUGGGAAGAUGUCACCCCCCAGGGACCCCCGGCCUCAUCCCACAGCUGAGCUGGCCCAGGCUGAGGAGUUGCUGGAACAGCAGUUGGAGCUAUACCAGGCCCUGCUGGAAGGUCAAGAGGGGGCCUGAGAAGCCCAGGGCCUGGUGCUCAAGACCCAGAAGCUGAAAGAGCAGAUGAGACACAGGGAGAGCCCAGGAGGAGACACCUAAGCUUUCCACCAGUUUGCACUUAACCCUCCAACACUGGGAAUACUGCAUACCACUCUCCCCAGCCCUUCAAUCAGGAACACCCCAGCCUCUCCCAGCCACUAAGAAAAUGGAAUCCUCCACAAAGGGCCAGAAUAUGGAAAGCAGUGAGGAAUCAUGGCCUCUGCAGUCUUUUCAGUCACAUCCCCCAGUUUGACACCUCCCACUGACCUUGGCCCCACAGCAGGGCACAGUCCCUACAGGAAUUUACUCUGGAUUAUGCCCUAAAAUCUCACCCCAAAUCCAAUAAAGGGACGGAGCGCUUACAGAUA